ACUGCGGUCAAAAACUAGCAGUCUAGCAGCAAUCUAACAGCACCAUAAAUUACAUUUAUUUAACCACAAUAACAAAAAAUCUACUUUUGCUCUAACACUAUUAUAGUAAAUUAAUUAAGUUAUUGCAAAAUGCAUUCACUUGGCAAAUCCAUCAAAACGAGAUUACUUUGUUUAUGUUGAUGAAAGUGCCGAGUUCUAUUCAUUAUAGAGAGUUGAUUUAAUAAAAAAAGACUAACUCAUUUAUUAAACAGAAUUAAUUUAUUCAAACUGAGGAUUUUGUUUGAGGAUUACAUUUUAAUUUAAUUUAAUUUAAUUUAAUUUAAUUUAAUUUUAAUUUAAUUUAAAAUGUAUUUUAUUUUGGGCGAUGACUUUUCUUGUCUUGCAAAACUAAUAGCCUACCAAAUGAGCUAUGUGUAUUCAAAAAUAAACAAUGGGAAUGGUUUCCAUCCUGUGUGAUUAUUUUUCUAACUUUAUCCAAAAAAGGAGCUCUGACAGAGACAUUGUGUUCUUGUUUGUGAGUUUCACCCUGAUGUUCUGUUUGGGGUACUAGAGACAUUUCUUUGUCUGUACAUGACUUUUUUUGACAAACAAAUGUAAUAUAUAUUUGUUUCUGCAUAGCCCACACAACAUAUAAAACAUGAAAUAUUCCCCUUUUUUGGCUUAUUUGUGGUAAUUUCUGUAUUUUGUCACUUUCACAUGUACAAAUCCAGUUUUUAGCUAAAGAAAAGAUUUCAAUAGUUUUGAGGGCAGAAAAGAAGAAAAGGUAUUUGAAGAAAGAAAAAGUGGUUGAUUUUGUGACAAUGAGGAGGUAAAACAAUGGUAGCAUGAUACAGCAAGAUGUAAUCCUUCACCAUUUCUGUCUGAGCGCUGGGAACGUGAAGGAUGCUUACGAGGCAAAACCAUCUAAAAGAUAAGAUGACAACACAACACUGCUAGUCUGACACCAACACCUCAGCAGUGACAUAGAGAUAGAGCUCAGUCCAGUUUCCCACGGUGACAAGUUGUUCAAACUUGGACGUUACUCUAUAUUUAACACAUCUUGGUAGUUUUUCACCUCUACUACUGGAGGAUCUGCCAGCACUCACCAUGAAGUACAGGACGGUGGUGAUGUACUUGGAGAUCGGCUGCUUCGUGUCCUGCCUGUGCGGCUGGAUCCUGGUGUGCUCCACUCUUGCCACAGAGUACUGGACUUGGUCCGAGGUGGGCAGCGUCGUGCUAACAACCUCCAACUACUACUCCAACCUGUGGAAGGACUGCAUCUCAGACACCACGGGGGUGUCCGACUGCAAGGAUUACCCAUCCAUGCUGGCCCUGCCUGUGUUCCUACACGUCACCAGAGCGCUCGCCGUCUGCGCCGUCAUCACUGGUUUCUUCGGAGGCGUCCUCACACUCAUCGGGAUGAAGUGCACUAAAAUAGGUGGAUCGGAGAUCGCCAAUGCGAGGGUGACCUUUGCAGGCGGUAUAACCUAUCUGGUUUCAGGAUUCUGUGGUAUGAUCACCUACACGAUGUGGGCCAACAAAGUCAUAAGCGAAUUCGUAGACCCGAAUUUCAGGGCGCAGAAAUUUGAACUUGGAGCUGCACUCUUCGUUGGCUGGGGAGGCUCCCUGCUUCUCCUCUCUGGAGCCACGGUGAUGACGUACUUCUCUGGAAAAGAGGGUCUACCAUCAACUAGUUCUCCAGAAAGACGGAGGCCGGCCACUUACGCCACAGCCCGGACCAGACGGACCUACAUGUUGCCGGGCACCUCGUCCAGAGUGACUCUGGUGCCGCCCCUGUUUUACGAAGGCAGGAAGAGCCGAGCAACCAGAGCAACCACAGCAACCAGAGCAACAACGAGGACCAGUGGGACCUUCAACAGGGACAGCUUCGUCUGAGACGGGACCUCUGAGCUGAGAAAGUGAUCUUAAAAGAUCUGCCUGCUUUGUUCUUUUGAAAACAGGCUGAAAGGUUCAGUAUGAAAGGAGAAACGUUGCUCGUAAUGCACUCUCUUCCAGCUAGAUGGCAUCACAGCAUGUAAUACGACUUAGUAUUUGUUUACAAAUCUCUUCAAAAUGUAAGAGUUCUCCAUGCUUUAAUCACCUCGCUUAACCUUUCUGUCUGUCUUGCCUUCAUCAGGGUUGUGUCUUAGGUUAGGCUUCUUUUCUUAUUUAUUUAAUUUCCUUUGUUUGCUGUUAAUUUACUUUGUGUCUUCAUAUGGAGUUGUUCAUAAAUCCUCUGCACCUGAACUUCCUCUGAGUUGCCAGAAGAUGGCACUCAAAGUCAGACAAUCAAACAAAUGAUGAUGUAGUUUAGUAUACUUAGUAUCUAUGGUGAUCUAUAAAUCACAUUACUGAUCACUGGUCAAACUUAGAUUCAAUCCUGAUGAAGGCAAACUAGCAGAUAAUGUUUGGUAAAUAAAGCAUGGUGUACUGGAGAAGAGUACACCAGUGAUAUUCAAGGAGGCCAAACGUUGUCAGAACAGGAAGCCGUCACAGCUGUCGCUCCCCA